UAGUAGAUAGUGGAGAUUGGGAAGUUAGGGUUUUUGGGCACAUUUCCAGUCGCCUCUCCUGUAAAAGGUUAGAAGAGAAGAUGGCGGAGGUCGCUACACUCCCUGAAGUGAAGCUUUUCAAUCGCUGGUCCUUUGAAGAUGUCGAGGUUAGUGAUAUCUCUUUAGCAGAUUAUAUCGCUGUCGCCCCAUCUAAACAUGCAACAUUUGUCCCUCAUACUGCUGGCCGUUAUUCAGUAAAGAGAUUCCGCAAGGCUCAGUGCCCCAUUGUGGAGAGAUUGACAAACUCCCUCAUGAUGCAUGGGAGAAAUAAUGGCAAAAAAUUGAUGGCUGUGCGCAUAGUCAAGCAUUCGAUGGAAAUUAUCCACCUUCUCACUGAUCAAAAUCCGAUCCAAGUAAUAGUUGAUGCAGUUAUAAACAGUGGGCCAAGGGAAGAUGCAACUAGGAUAGGUUCAGCUGGUGUUGUGAGGCGGCAAGCCGUGGAUAUCUCUCCAUUGAGGCGUGUGAAUCAGGCCAUUUACCUUCUAACUACUGGUGCUCGUGAGAGUGCUUUUAGAAACAUUAAAACGAUAGCAGAGUGCUUGGCCGAUGAGCUCAUCAAUGCAGCUAAGGGAUCAUCUAACAGCUAUGCCAUCAAGAAGAAGGAUGAGAUUGAAAGAGUUGCAAAAGCUAACCGUUGAUGGAUUUGCUUUACUGGCGUAUUUUUCUUUCCCAAGAGGGCAUUAAAGAGAUAAUGUGAGAAAUCAACUGAAUCUGGCUUUUAUUUGUGGUAGUUCUUGGAUGGAGCUUGCCUUUCCCUUUCUCUUUUUGAAUAUGUAUGAACUUUUGGAGCGAAAAGAAUUGCAAUUUUCGCUUUUUUCCAUGAAACCAAGGAUUCUAAGAAAUGAGCACAAAAUACUUUUGCGCAAGGGUCA